UUCUCCUUUCGAUUUUUGUAUAUUAAAAUAAUAUUUCUAUUUAAUUAUUUUUCCUCCGAUUUCUGCACCGAUCAUCGGUUGGUAUAAAUUCGAGCUCUCUCUCAUUAAUAUCAAUCGAUCCGUCGCCAAGUUCGCCGGAGAUUCUGGCCCUGCCACCGCUCUCCGAUGAACGCUUCUUAAUAUAACACCAUGGCGGACCACGGGACCGCCACCGCGAAUGACGGCGAACCAGAACCACAACAUAAGGAAUUCCAAAACAAGAACAACGACGACAAGAAGAAAGAUAAGAAUUCAGAUCCCGAGCAUUUCUGCUGUCUACUUCAGCCUCUCACCCCCGACGCUGAUCCCGAGUACAUCGGCAUUCGUCGCCUCCUCCUUCAUCGGAAGGCCGAGGCCGGAGUUCUCCGCCGUAGGGAUUGGAGAUGCAAUGGGAAAACUUAUGUGGCAUACCGGAAUUACAUUAGCAGGCCUAGGAACUGGGAAAGUUUGAAAGCUCCGAGCCUUCAAACUACUCCGGGAAACAGUGGCCGAUGGAUUUCAUCUGGAAGUCCACCCUCCCGCUGGUCUGAGGUGGACAGCUGGAGUUCUGGGAGGGAUGUCCAAAUUGCAAACUCAUUAUCCAAUCAUAGAGCAAGUUUUGGCUCUGGCUCAAAUGCAAGUGAUUCUGAUCGUCCACGGCACCGCGGGGUUGAACAUGCCUAUUCCUUUGUAGGAAUGCAUUGCAUCUUUGACCAGUGCAAAGCCUCUGUUACGGUGUUAAAGUUUGGGCACAUGAGUUCUGACUUACUUGCAUACGGGGCAUCAGAUGGAACCAUGACCGUGUGCAGUGUUUCGGAGAAACCUUCAGUCCUCACACAAUUAAAUGGCCACUCUAAAGAUGUCACAGAUUUCGAUUUUACAUCAAACAAUCAAUACAUUGCUUCCACGUCGUUGGAUAAAACUGUGAGAGUAUGGGAGAUAGAAAAAGGCAUUUGCAUACGGGUGAUAUAUGGAGUUUCUUCACAACUGUGUAUCCGUUUCCACCCUGUAAAUAACAACUUCCUUUCCGUUGGUAAUGCAAACAAAGAAAUCAAUGUGUUCAAUUUUAGCACUGGAAGGAUAAUCAACAAGGCCAUAUUUGAUGCUGAAGUUACCGCUAUGGACCAUGAUCAUACUGGUCAUCUCAUAUUUUGUGGAGAUGCACAGGGAUGUAUAUACUCUGUAAAUAUGAACUCCCACACAGGUAUAUUAUCCCGCUCUCAUCGUCAUCGAAGUAGCGGCAAACACAGAUCUCCGGUCACAACAGUGCAAUAUAGGAGUUUCUCUCUUCUGGCUCGAGGACCUGUGUUGUUGACUUGUACUCAGGAUGGAAAUAUAUCUUUCUUCAGUGUGGCUUUAGAGAUAAAAGGUUAUUUAACUCUUCGUUGCUCGCUCAAGUUAACUCCUCGGAUACACAAAAUUCAAGCUUCUUUCUGCCCCCUUCUUUCUCUUGAAAAAGGAGAAUUCAUUGUUGCCGGAAGUGAGGACUCAAACGUCUAUUUCUAUGAUCUUACAAAGCCAAAACAUACAUGUGUAAACAAGUUACAGGGUCAUCGGUUUCCUGUAAUGGGGAUUGCUUGGAACCACGGAGAAAACUUUUUGGCUUCGUCUGAUUUUUACGGAAUAGUAAUUGUUUGGAAGAGAGAAAGAACAAAUCAGAACAAGAAUACAUAGCAACAGCAGUUUAAAAGCAUACAGUCGAGCCGAGGGCUUGUGAAGAUAGCUUCAUUUACAUUGCUUCUUUUUCUUUCGGUUUCGCCAUUGUCCCUUUGUAUCUUUUGUGCUAUUAUUUUUUAUUUUUGCCACAAUGUUCUUUUUGUAUGUAUUUUGAGGAAGAAGGAUUAUUCUUAAUGAAUCGUGAUUAGGGUUCUGUAUACGAAUUCUGAGAGGUAUAUUUUGUUUUGACAAAGCUCACACUGUAAUUUUAUGCUAUCAAAGAAUAAGGCUAUGUGUAAAGCAGUCAUGCAAAUCCCUUGUAGUUUGGCUGGUCAAUGUAAGUGAGUUUCUGAUUUUGUUUCAGAAGCAGCACAUUCGAUUGGAGGAUUUAAAUAAAAAAAUUUAUGCGUCCUAAUUUGUGGGAAGUAUUUUGGA